GUAUGGUUGAUAUUUUUUUCCAAUAUGGUUAACCGUGCUUCAUGUUCGAAUCCGGUAAGCCGAAAUCGGCCAGCCAUUUCUUGCGACGGAUGUAAAAAGGAGUUCCAUUCAGUUUGUAUCACAAAAAAUACAGAUAUAGUUAAUCUGUUAAAUACUAUACCGGGGCUCUUCUGGAAAUGCUCCGAUUGUGUUAGUAAUUACAUAUUACUAAAUCCCGCUGGUAUACAAAAUUUGGUUGAUAAUAAGUUAACUGGUGCUCUAGAUACGUUGCAUGAGGAAAUAAAAUCCAUUAAAUCAGAAGUAGCUAAAAUUACUGAGGCAGAACCACCAGAAAACCAACUAAGAUACUCAGACGUCUUGAAAGACAAAUCGCAGCCAGUCAUUAUAAUACAGCCCAAGGAUGACAGUCAAUCUCACAGUCAUACGAAGGCGGAUAUCUUACGCAAUAUUAAUCCAUGUCAGGAAAGUAUACAACUAGCUAAAGUAAAAACUGUUAGAGAUGGAGGAAUCUUAAUUGCAUGCAAGAGCAAAUCUGACAAUGAAAAAGUAAAAUCUAUUGUACAGCAAAAAAUGGCAGAAGGGUACAGCGUUAAAGAAGUUGGCGGUGUACUUAAAAAAAUCCGUAUUGUAGGCAUGACGGCAAAUCUCACAUCAACGGAAUUGUAUGAGUAUAUUAUUUCCUGUAACAGUAACGUUUUUUCUGAGGAGUCGGUCUGUAGAAUUGUAAAAGUAUUUCCUACAAAAAAGAAUAAUAAUAUUUAUCAAGCAAUUAUACAGGUAGAUAAAACGGUAUAUGAAAGAGCAUUAAAUUCGGGUAAUUUGUUUGUUGCGUAUGAUAGCUGCGUUGUGUAUGACGCACUGGAAGUAUACAGAUGUUUUAAGUGCAACGAGUUUAAUCAUUCUGCUCAGAGAUGCACAAAAAACAUCUCCUGUCCUGUUUGCGGUGAAGCUCACGAUCUUAAAGAUUGUAAAUCAAGCACAAAAAAAUGCUCCAAUUGCGUCAAACUAAAAAAUACAGCUCUUGAUAUUAACCAUGCGGUAUGGGAGAGGCAAAAGUGCUCCGCUUACAUUGAGAAUUUGAAUAAGCUGAAAUCUAACUUAAGUAAAAUAAAUUAGCAAUCACUGACUAGUUCUCGGCUACCCCAGGUAGGUACUUCUCGAGUACAGUCACCUCUUAUAAAUUUGGAAAAUAAAAUAUCAAUUCUUUAUCAAAAUGUUCGAGGUCUUAGAACAAAAACAACUGAGUUUUUUAGUUCUAUAUCCCAAACUGAAUUCAAAAUUAUUGCCUUAACAGAAACUUGGCUGGAAUCGUCAAUAAAUAGUUCAGAACUGUUUUCGUCCGAUUUUAAUGUUUUUAGAAAGGAUCGGAAUUAUGAUGUGAGUGAUACAACUAGAGGCGGUGGGGUGUUGAUCGCGGUACAUGAGGAAUUUAUAUCUACUUACAUUAAUGUACAAGAGCACUCUUUUCCCGAUUUUAAUUUUAUAGAUUUAAUAUUAGUAAAAAUUAAGCUUAAUUUAACGUCCUUAUAUAUAUGUAACCUGUAUAUCCCACCAAAAACCCCACUUGGUGAAUACGAACAAUUGUUUGAUUCUCUGGAGACAUUAGAUUUUUUACAUGAUUGUAAAUUUAUAAUGAUAGGUGAUUUUAACAUACCUGAUUAUGUAUCUAACAUUCAAACUAAUCUUAAAUUAAAUAGCUUAAAUAAUUUUGCCGACGUUCUAGAUUUGAUUCAACAUAACUUUGUAUUCAAUGAUUACAAUAAGCUCUUAGACUUGAUGUAUUAUAAACAUUUCUGUUUGGUUGAAAAAUCUUUAGAACCUUUGGUAGAAGAAGAUAAAUAUCAUCCGGCUUUAGAAAUUACUUGUAGAAUAAACGAAAAAAAGCAAUAUAAGAAAAAUCUUGAAUCCUCUUACACGAAUUGCUACAAUUUUCGUAAAGCAAAUUUUCCACUCUUGUAUGAAAUGUUAUCUACUGUGAAUUGGGAUUUUUUGGAGGUUUUCUAUGAUGCUGAAGAUGCCUGCACGUACUUUUAUGGUAAAUUAUACAAUAUACUAGAUCAGUGUAUACCUAAAUAUACUGUAAGUAAUAAAAGAAAAUAUCCUCCGUGGUUUAAUGGUUCUAUUAUUAAGAAACUUC